AUAUUUGUAGAGUCCGAGCCGACGCGACCACUAAGCAUUUCUGGCCGAAUCUGAAGUAUUUGUUCAUAAUUACUGCAUCUUCUCACAAUGCCAGUUAACUACAAAACCGCAAGCCAAGCUGAGUUAAACAUAGAAAGAGCAGCUGUAAACCUAUCACUUCACAAGCAAACGGCAGACAGCUCCUGGAGCAAAAUUACUAAAUCCGUCGCCUCUGAUCUCCUAAAUGUCAAGACUGAGAUGGAAGACCUUUACAGGCUUUUGGCCUCCGCUGACCUUGCAGCUCUAACUGGACAGCAGAAAGCUGAUUUUUUAUUGAAGCUUAAUUCUUCAACUUCCAAGAUAACCACAGCAUUCCAAGUUCACUUUAUUGCACUCUCAGACUCGCCAUCCAUCGCUCAAGAGUUCAUACAGCAGGAUGCUUUUACCGGUCUCUCGCCUGAACAAUCCAAGAAGAUAUCGGAACUCCGGAAGAAAAGAGAGGAUCAAUCCGAGAAAGAUGAACUAAAGGCAGAAAAGGCUCAGAAGCAGUCAUUCUAUGAUCCAAAUCGACGCAAGCCCUUCUACAACAUGUUUGUUCCGAAACCUAGAGGAUUCCCUAACCAGAUGAUUUAUCCCCAGUUCCCUCAGAUGCAAAACUCUUCACCGAAUAUGAAUCUCUCAACCCCCCCACCCCCUCUUUCAUUUCCGCUCCCGGGUAUGUUUUACAACGCAUCAAGUUCUUACCCAGCAACACCAACUUCGAUGCCCGCUCUAACCUACACAUCAGAUCGCGAGAAGAAGAGGCAAAUGAUCGAACAAGAGAAGCUGAACUCCUACUGCAAAGACUGUAAUAAGCUAGGUCACUGGAAAGGAGAUGCUCAGUGCCAGUUUGCAGCUCUUCGUCUAGCAGGUCCUUUAACUUCAAUAGUCUGGGAUGGGAACGGGCAUAAGACCUUGACUAACUACUUCACCGAGUUAGGGUUUUCUCUCCCUUCUACAAACACAGUCUUAAGUAUACACAACCCUUCUUCAAUUAAGUUUUCGGAAUGUGUUCUUAAUGCAGAGGUUUUCAAUCUUAAUAUUUUGAAGCAAGGUUUAAAAUUAAAUUUUACUUCAAAGCCGUCUUCUUAUGAAGAAGAUAACAACAAAAACGCAAGAGAGAAUCUUGGAGCAGUUCGGGAAAAAGUCAAUGACUGGCUUUUAAGUAAUAGUGUUGAAAAAGUAACUUUCAAACCAUUCUGUGUUAACCCCCUGAAUUUAGUUACAAAAAUUGAUAAUGUCACUGGAAAAAUAAAACAUAGGCCCUGCAUAGACAUGAGCCGUCACCUAAACCCUCUUAUGAAAGAAGAAAAAUGUAAACUUGAAGAUCUCUCAGUUGCAGAGCAGUUAGUUGAUAAAAAUGAUUUUAUGUGUACUCUUGAUCUUAAGAACCAGUUCUUCCAUGUCCAGCUUAAUUCAGAUUAUAAAAAGUAUUUCGGGUUUAAGCUUCCUAAUGAGUCCGGGGUAAAUGAAUACUAUCAGAUCAACGUUAUGGCAUACGGGUGCAAACCCGCCGUGAAUAUUGUAACUCAUUUAUUAAAACCAGUAAAACAUUUCUUACAUCUCUUGGAAUACGGUUUACCAUAUAUAUUGAUGACGGCCGUGUUCUUGGAACAUCCAUAGUUGAGUGCCAAGAUAAAUUUAAUGCAACCUUACUUGUUCUACAAUUAGCCGGAUGGAAUAUCCAGCCUGAAAAAACUUCCAGCAUUCCUGUCCAAAGAUUAUCUUACCUUGGAUUGAUCACAGACACUGUAGAAAUGAAAUAUUAUGCGUCCAAAGAAAAAAUAGAUCUUCUCAGCUCCAUGCUAAAAGACUGUUUGCACAACAUUUCUCAAAAUAUUAGUUUUAAAGCUAGAGAUUUAGCUUCUCUUUUAGGGAAAAUAAAUGCCCUCUCCAAAAGUCACGGCAACUUUUUGUAUAUAUGUGUAGAGAAACACAACAUCUUUUAGGUAAAGCAGUUUUUACUAAUGGUUGGGAAACCGAUGUAACUCUGAAUGGUCUAGCCUUUAAGGAACUUAUGUUCUUGUCAAAUCACCUAAAUUUUUUCAAUGGAACAGUCAUUCACAAUGCCCCAGGUAGCGGGAAACU